AUGGCUGCUGGUCAAGAGAUGGAUGCUACUAAGGAGGUGCCCGUUGUUGGCACUGAGGGAGAUAAUGCUGCUGCUGCUGCUGCUGACAUUGAUCUCAACCUUGAGGAUUUCGUGGUUGACAUGGAGAUCAAUGGAAUGCAACAGUGUCGUAUCCAGAACUUGGAGGCUGAUUCUGUUAAGCUUCAGGCCUUGAUUGAGCAACUGACCAGGGAGGUGCGGUUGAUCCCUAAGGAAAACGACACCUCCAGCCUCAUUCAGGACCUGCACAACACUCUUCAGUUCGUGCAGGAUCAGCUCAAGAAGCAGGAGAAAAGCAUCUCUGUGCUUCAGACCCAGUACAGGGAGAUCCGGCGUGGAAACCUCUACCAGCCUGCUCCUGCAGCAGAGCGAGUCGCCAACACCACUAACAGCCGUGCUGCACCUGCUGAUGCACCUCCUGCUGUUCCUCCUCCUACUGGAGCACGUGCUGAGCCUCCUACUGCAGCAGCAACUGCCUUUGGCUCCUGCCCUUCGGCCCUGCCUCGUUUUGUCCAUGGCAAGACCGACGUCGAGACUUGGCUCUCCAUUGCGGAGGACUUUAUGUCCAUCCACAAUGUGCGUAGCGAGGCUCGUGUGGUCGCUGCAACCCUUGCCCUGGACGACACUGCGAGCAAGUUGGUGUAUGCCAACAAGCGCCACGCAGAGGCUAAUGGCCAUCCUUUUGGCUGGGAGGAGUUCAAAGCUGCCAUGCUGGCGGCAUUCUUGAGUCAGCCCCCGGCGCUCGAGGUGCGUAGCCGCCUGAAGAACAUCCAGUGCGGUGACCAGCCUGUACGCGAGUACGCCAAGGAGUUUGAGAAAACUCUGUCGCUGCUGAAGACUGCUCUUCCUGAGAGCGAGGUCAUCCACCAGUUCUUCAAGGGUCUCCCUGAGCACAUCAAGCGUGUGCAUGUUGUGCGCGGGGAGCACUAG